UUUUUUCUGUUUACUCUCUCUUUCUCUCCCCCUUCCCUUUGCAAUCAUGACGACGGCGAGAUUCCUUCUCCUCAGUGUCAGCAUCGUACCUUAGCUCGGGCAUCAUCGUUGCUCACGCGGCACAACGCUCGUCUUCGCAUGUCGGAUUGUAGCUUGCUGAAUCUCAUCGUUCAUUCUUAGAACCGAAUGUUGUCGGCUUGUCUGAUCGAUCCAAACGUGCUCAUCUCACUAAUAACUUCGUCUGACCGUCUCUCUUGAAUCACCACCACAGAGCUUUCACCUUCCUGCCUGUUAUACUCAUCAAUGACACAACAUCAACUGCGCGAGGUCCACGACGACGAAAAACUCGACGAUAUCGAACGCGCUGCGGCCGCCUCCCAGACCGAACGUGGGUCGACGAAGACGACGACGACGACCAGCACCGACUCGCAGACCAUUCGCAGCAACCAUGACGGCGCCGACGACAUGAAUCCCGGGACCGCCAAGUCUGGUGCGCAUCCCGGCGACGCCACCGCCACUGCUGGUGGUGACACGACCGCCGAGACAAAAGAGGCGUCCGGGGACCAUCCUCCCACCACCGCCACUGCCACCGCCGCCGCCGACGACGACCCGGAGGCCGGCCGCACGAAACUCGAGACACUGCUCAUCGUGCUCUCACUCUGCGCCGCUCUGUUCCUGGCCGCCCUUGAUGUCACCAUCAUCACCACCGCUGUGCCCACCAUCGCCGAGGAGUUCAACAGCAACAUCGGCUACAUCUGGAUCGGCAGCGCCUACCUCCUCGCCAACGCCGCCUUUGUGCCGACCUGGGGCAAGAUCUCGGAUAUCUGGGGUCGGAAGCCCGUGCUGCUGUCCGCCGUCGGCGUCUUUUGGAUCGGCUCAUUGAUCUGCGGCCUGGCCACGAGUAUGGGAAUGUUGAUCGGCGCCCGCGCGAUCCAGGGUAUCGGCGGCGGCGGUAUCAUCGUGCUCGUCAACAUCUGCAUCAGCGACCUCUUCUCCAUGCGCCAGCGCGGCGUCUACUUCGGCAUCAUGGGCAUGGUCUGGGCCGUCGCCUCGGCCGUCGGCCCCGUUGUUGGCGGCGUCUUCACGAGCCAGGUGACGUGGCGCUGGUGCUUCUACAUUAACCUGCCCAUCUCGGGCGUCGGCAUCGUCGUGCUCUUCUUCGUCCUCAAGCUGCACAACCCGCGCACCCCGGCCCUCGAGGGCCUCCGCGCCAUCGACUGGAUCGGCACCCUCACCAUCAUCGGCGGCACCCUCAUGUUCCUUUUCGGCCUCGAGUUCGGCGGCGUGAGCCACCCCUGGACCUCCCCCACCGUCGUCUGCCUCAUCGUCUUCGGCAUCGUCACCAUCGCCCUCUUCGCCGUCAACGAGGCCAGGUACGCCCGCUACCCCGUCAUCCCCAUGCACCUGUUCCGGAGCUGGUCCAACGCCGCCGCCUUCGCCACCGCCUUUUGCCACGCCUUCGCCUUCAUCUCCGGCAGCUACUGGCUGCCCCUCUACUUCCAGGGCGUCCAGGGCGUCUCGUCCCUUCUGUCGGGCGUCUACCUGCUGCCCUAUGUGCUCUCCCUCUCCCUCAUGUCCGCCGUCGCCGGCGUGCUGAUCCGCAAGACGGGCAACUACCUCUACCUCAUCAUCGGCGGCAUGUUCGUCGCCACCCUCGGCUUCGGCCUCUUCUACGACCUGCCGCCCGACCGCAACUUCGUCAAGAUCGUCCUUUACCAGAUGGUCGCCGGCCUCGGCAUCGGCCCCAACUUCCAGUCCCCGCUCAUCGCCCUGCAGACCUCGGUCGAGCCGCGCGACAUCGCCGCCGCCACCUCGGCCUUUGGCUUCGUCCGCCAGAUGGGCACCUCCAUCUCCGUCGUCAUCGGCGGCGUCGUCUUCAACAACGAGAUGCAAAAGCAGAACCCGCGCCUGCGGGAGCGCCUGGGGCCGGACCUCGCCGAUAUGCUGUCCGGCUCGAGCGCCGCGUCGAGCGUCGGCGUCGUGGCGAACCUGCGCGGCGAAGAGGGGCGCAUCGCGCGCGGCGCCUACCUGACGAGCCUGAGGACCAUGUACAUCGUCUACGUCGCCUUCGCGGGGCUGGGGCUCGUCAUGAGUUUGUUCAUCAGGCAGAAGAAGCUGAGCAACAAGCACACGGAGCACAAGACGGGGCUCAAGACGCUGCGGAGCCGGACCGGUCGGUGAGCGGGGUGCCGCGUGCCCGUCGGUUCUGUUUUUUUCUUUUCUGUUGAGAUUCAUUGCAUGGCGUUGGGCAAAUAGGCAUAUGCAUAGGCAUCGCUUUCUUCUUCUUUUUUCUAUCUGCCGCAAACAUCUAGCGUAUACCAAAAAUGGAUGCUUUUUCUUUCUGGACCCGGGUCUUCGGCACCGCAAUGUCCGCCUUGUGCAUCUCCGCC